AUGCACGCACCAAGGACCAUCUGCUCAAGAUGUGCCUCGCAGAUUCGCGCAGUCCAGGCUCGCUCCCUCGGCGGUGCGGCGCUGUUUGCGUCACUGAGUGAUGCAAAUACACCUGCCAAUGCGUCUCCAACUGCCACGCCAAACAUAACCCCGGACACUCACCCGAGGGCCUCGGAUGCGGCAAAGCGACAGCCUCACAGCAAUACCUGGGCAUCUUCCAAGCAUGAAAAGGGUCCUCGAAGGGGCAUCUACCGGCCGUCCAGCUUCUCGAGGAACAAGCCGCUACGGUCCUCGGAAGACUCCGCCAUCGCCCUCUUCAACGAUGUCGUCAGUCCGCAAGCCAAGGCAGCCUCAUCGCAGUCGCUCUCUCCCCUCGGCGAAUUCGAGAUUGCGGCAAAGAUCAAGGAUCUAUCUGCCAGAGCGGUCAAUGUCGUCAAAAAGCUCCAAAUCUUUCGCCAGGAUAUCUGGCCGCACCUCGAGCAGUUUCACAGCGGGAUGCCCAAGCAUCUACACUUGAUCUCGACUCAAUUCCUCGAGAAGUCGUGCGACGAGAUCAUCGAGCAUGGAAUCACUGGCUACGGCAUUGAGAUGUCCCGGCUUUACAGUGGUUUGGGAAAACCUGAUCUCGACUUUCGGAACAAGCUCGUCCUCAACGUUUGCCACGCACUCCUAUUUGAAAAGCGAGACUCGGCAGAUCGCACCGCCCUUAUGGAUGAACUCAUCGGCCUGUGGAAGCACAUUUCACAGCUUCACCGCCCCAGCCAACAGAAUGCACCGCUCAAGUUUUCCUUUCCCUUGGCACGAGAUGUUCGGCAAGACAUUGCCGAGAGCAAAGCGACAAACCCUCCCCUUGACUCCACGACUAGGGCUUUUGCUGCUCUCUUCCUGCAAUUUGAGCCAGUCGACGCUCGCUACAUCAUACCAGGACUCUUGACUACCAUUGCUGUUCUCUCAGAUCCACGAUUCAUCAGAACCAACACGUACACCAGCAUGGCACCGUUAUUGAAGCUGGUGGUCGUGGCCCUCGGCGGCAACAGAGACGCUGUCACCGAGACCUAUAUCUCAAAGAUGUUUGACGGCCAUGCUCGGUUCCCUGCGGCAAAAGCCUCCAACAUCAAAUCCUAUGUGCUGCAGCAGUGGCCACAAGCCAUUGAGAUGCUACACAAGGAAAACCCUCCCUGGCGUUCAGGCUCCGAGCUCGUGGCUCUGCACAGUCAGCUUCGAUCGGCAUACAUGGCCCGCGAUCUUGCCUCCAUGUCCUCCAUCUGGCUUGAGUUCAAGAGGUUGUUGGAAAACAAGCCGCAUCUUGCUAAUCAGCUGCGCAGAAAUGCCGAGUUCUUGGACUUUUGGGUCUUCGUUUGGUGCGCCUGCCGCCGCCACAGGCAUCUGCAGGAGACAUUCGACUUCAUGCAGCAGUUGCAGAUACACCCGACUCUAAAGACGUACACGGGCAUGAUGCACGGCUGGAAGUUGUGCAAGGAGACGGACCGUAUCGAAGCCCUCUGGCAGAAGUUGGCGGGCUCUGGUCAGAAGCUCGACUCCCACAUCUGGACGGAGCGCAUCUCCAGCUUGAUCGAGGCUGGCAAGCCCCAAGCCGGAAUCGAGGCGCUCGCAGAGAUGCUCGCCCUGUGGAAGCAGGCAGUGCAGAGGAACGCCCCGCACACGGCCGUGCAGCCCACCAUCGAGUCGGUCAACGCCGCCUUCAAGGGCCUCAUCGCCGUCGACCGCAAGGCCGCCUUUGAAGUACUCAAGUGGGCGAGUCGCGAGCAGAUUGAGCCCAACGUGCGGACGUACAACGUGCUGAUCCGCCAGAGCUUCCGGGACGAUUCUCCCGACGAUGUGCAGACGCUGCUCAAGGUCAUGUCCCAGAACGGCAUCGACCCGGACUCGGCCACGUUCACCAUCAUCCUGGAAGAGGUCAUUGGCAGGAUGGGCGCGGCCUCGGCAGCCGACCAGGUCGAAGCCGUCCACUCCGUCUUCCAGGACAUCCAGCGCGCCGGGCUGCGGCCCAACCAGGAGACGUACGGCAAGAUGCUCUACGCCGUGUCGUCGCUGGCCAACGGCACCGACGAGGCCAUAGCGGCCGUCUUCUCCCACAUGCGCGACGACGGCUUCAAGGUGACCCCCCACAUGGUCACCAUCCUGAUCGAGCGGGCUGUGAGCCGCGAUCCUCCCGACAUGAAGGCCAUUGACACCCUGCUUGCCGAGCACGGCUUCUCCCGCGUCAGCGACGGAGACCAAACGCUCUGGGAGCGCGUCAUGAGCGCCAACGCCGUCACGGGCAACACGGACCGCGCAAUGGCCAUCUUCCACGACUUGCAGAAGGCCGGGCGGCCCGUGACUUCGCUGGCGUGCCUGGCGGAUCUGCUGCGGGCGCUGCUGGCGGGCGACAAGCGCGAGGAGGCGCGGCAUGUCGUUGACGUGGUGCUGGACUACAAGGCAGGCGACGGCGACUGGGACGGUGACUCCAAGGAUGAGCGGUACUGGAGGCACCGCUUCUGGUUCCUGGCCGACGAGAGGGGGCUGCUCGAGGGGAGGGAGCUGCCGGACGUUUUGCGUGCAAGCCUGCGAGGAUAG